AUGGCGGUCGGGAUGAACGGCGGUACGGGGGAUGCUGUUUGGUACGGCCCACCCGAGAGCUGGCCGACUGAGCACUGUCGUGUCUUGUACAUUAUCAGCAAAUACGCGCAGCAAGCUCGGAACGUGCAAUCGAAAGAAACCUGGAUCCGUCAGGUGGCUCUGCUUGUGUUGCUAUAUGAAGGAAUCGACGCCGGUGUCUUACCUUUCGACUACUCUCCAAGUCUGAUCUGGCUUACGUUCAAGCGGCACACUGAUCGGCGAUGGCUUCGCAUCUCUCAAGAAGCUAAGUCCGUCAUUGAUGACUUGUGGGAAGCCAAGCUUGUGAACGGCAUUAAGCUUUCGUCUGUGGACUACCAACCGGUCACAGCGUACCAGGCUUCUUUUCGUGGAUUGUCGAUCGUGGAGCAGAUGCCAGAGCAAUUGAAACAGGAUACCGAUACGUUCCUAUACGCCCCCGUAGGAUCCUUUCGAGGUAAUGAAGCAGGUGUUUCUCCUUCAGCAAACUCACGCCCUCAGUUACUGCUUGUGCGCUACGACGGCUCAGAGUUCCACCUCGUGACCAGUGAUGGGUCAUACUCGAGAGUGAGUACCAUAACUGAGUGUGAAGAUGUGUCUUACGUGUCGUCGCCCUAUAUUCCGUCAUGUCUUCGCUCUAGCACAAGCUACUUGGUUGAGCCAACCAGCAAUAAGUUACGUGCAACCGAGUCUGCACGUGGCUAUAAUAUGAUGACUAAGGAGGCGAAGCAGAGUAUUGUACUCUCACAGGUACACGCGCUAGUCGGGGAAUGGUUACCUUUCGGUGCUAACCAAAUAUCGGCAUUAAAUGAACGAUUGGGCGCAAUGGAGCGCUGUCAAGGAGGACUAUUUAGUUCCAAACUGGACUUGCAGCCUACAGAGACGCACUUUGAAGUGACCCCGGGCCUCACACAAGUCAAGAUCUUGGACUUUGAUGCCAUCCGCUUCAUCAACUUUGAGGCUGAAAUCAACUUCCCCGAGAGCGAUGGUGUCAUCCAAGUUGAAAACUUUGGUAUGCAUCUACACGUGAGUGGCGCUGUCCUCUACGGAGUCAAAAUCGACGCUAUCAUGAACCACACAGAGCGCGCUAUCCCUUUCGACCUAUUGGCGCGGUUGCUGGUAGAUGUUCAUCAAGAUUCGUCGGGUAUCAUCCACGACCUGCUCUCUCGCUACCAGCUCAGUGUACUCGACAUGCUGUUUAUGGGUAAAGCCGACCAACGCAACAAAUACAACCUCAUUACGGCUGCAUCCAUGGAUCCCAAGUUGCCAGCCUGCAAAUAUCUGGAUAAAGGUGAGCGUGAGAACGAGUUAAAGCAAGUGUUGGGUGAGAUCUACGCUUGCUACGAUAUCACUCGAGACGACGUUCUUUUCCUCGGACGGGAUGGAUGUCUUCUCUGUGGCCCUGGAGCUGAGCGAUACGAGGCGCUUCUUACGACGUUCAUGGGUCUUAACAGUCGAGAGAUCUUCAUCCGAAACUUCUUCGUGCGCACAUUUGUGCUGAGCGAUAUGCUUGUAGAGCUACGCACAUCAAUCCGCAACUACCGUAAGCAUGGCGAGCACUCUCUGAAGGCGGUGAAAAAGUCCUUAAGCGACGCAGCACGACACAUGAUUCUACUCAUUGAGUGUCUUCAGUAUCUGCUAGAGUCCGUGGAGGCUCUGGAAUUGCCACCUGUACCCGUCGACAUCGCCGGCUCCAAGAUUUACAAGUGUCUGCAGCUCUUGGAACGUAAAAAUAGCGUCAUUGUGCGAUGCAAGGAUUCCAUCAAGCUCAUCGAGCGUCUCCGUACACAACUCGACACGCUGAUCACUAAGUUCGAAGGCAUCUCACGACUCCAAUUGACACACGUAUCGCAAGGGUUUGAUAUCAACAUUCGACGCCUCACCGAGUCUUUGCGUGUCCGUGAUGAGCUGGAGCGCAACUUGGACAUCAUUCGCAUGAUCUUCGUUGGUAAUUUGUCUUUCGAUGUCAUUGAUCGAGUCAGUGGAGGGACGUUCAACGUGCCCAACCCCAAGUGGUUCAUCGACUGGAUCAAGAAGCCGAUCAUCGAUGCUCCACUCGCAUUCCUAGUGGUUAAUCUGCUCUGGUUUGCUAUUAUCUGGAUGGCACUACAAGCGUGGUUAGACCACCGAGUCUUUCGGAAUGGCGCGACGCUCGUGAUCCGAGCCCACACCGACAAACGCAUCAACCUCACACAGUUGCGUCGAAUGCUGAAAAAGCGGAACGUUCGUCUCGGUGUGUUCGAGUAUGAAUCGGGUGGUCGACCUGAACUGCAGAGCUACAAGUGGGAGGAGCAUGGGUUCCCGUCCAAGGACUCGGCGACGCAUGUACAGAUCGUGGUGGACGAGAACCAGAAGCUGCUGCGCUCCAUUCGCCUGCAGAUCGCGUGUCCGCUGGACGAGUCGGUGCCUAUCCAUUCGCGCCGCCUCAGUAUGCGAAAUACCCAGGGCCCAAAUAUGGCACGACGACCGUCGCGGCGGCUGCAUCCAGCGCCGUCCUCGGUCACAGCUGUGGAAAAUAACAUCCUCGAGCAGUUCUCGUCGAUUCUGCGGGCAGAAGGAGUGUACCAGGAACGCCACGCUCCACUCGCACGACUCGGCAGUCAGAUUAACCUACUGGCUCUUGCUCAAGACUUCGCCGAGCACGACUACAAUCGAGACGUCAGCCGGACGCGACGUCGUCGCGGAGCUGUGGACACUGCCGUUGUCUCCACCGACGACUGA